GGGCGAGGGAGGAGGGAGGGAAGGAGCGAGGGAGGGAGGCGGCGUCUCCUUUAAAAGCCGUGCGGGGCCGCAGCCCGCUCCCACAGGGCGGCUGUGAUUGGCGCGGGCCCCCGAGCCUCCGGGGUCGUGACAUCGCCGCGCAACAAAAAGCCCCGGCGGCGGCGGCGGGCGGCCACCCCCGGCCAUGGGAGCGGAGACAAGUCAAGCUUCAUCUUGAUGUUGCUGCUGGAGUCUCGAUAAAUGUCCAUCUGUCUGAUGAGCGUGAUGCAAAGGACAUUUUUGAAAAGGAGCCUUUUAACUCCGUAGACACGUAGGGACCCAUUCACGGGCAGGCACACACACGCGAGGAGGAGGAAGAAAAAGAAGAAGCAACUUCACGAUCGCUGCUUUUAAAAGGGAGAAGCUUUUUCCCUGGCUGGGACUUGCCUUCUGUCUCCUCAACCAGCUGCUAAAAGUAUGUUUCCGAGGCGGACUGCACUUCAGGGAACUUCUAUUUUCUGCUCGGCAGCUGUAGAGGAGCAGCAGCGAAGUUUGGAGUAACACCAAGUGAUGCGGGAAAAACACCCCGAGAGCAGAACACCCUCCUGCAGACACAACCCCUGCUGCUGCACACAGGUUGAUCAUGGUUGCCGUGACCCGCUCGCUCCUGGCGCUGCUGCUCUGCCAGGCGCUGCUGGGCGGCGCGGCCGGGCUCAUGCCGGAGGUGGGUCGGCGGCGCUUCAGCGAGCCGGGCCGCGCCGCCUCGGCCGCGCAGCGCCCCGAGGACCUGCUCAGCGAGUUCGAGCUGCGCCUGCUCCACAUGUUCGGGCUGAAGCGGCGGCCCAGCCCCGGCAAGGACGUCGUCAUCCCGCCCUACAUGCUGGACCUCUACCGCCUGCACGCGGGGCAGCAGCUGGGGCAGCCGGCGGCGCUGGGCUUCCCGCUGGAGCGGGCGGCGAGCCGCGCCAACACCGUCCGCAGCUUCCACCACGAAGAAGUUUUGGAAGAACUGCCAGAAACGAGUGGGAAAACAGCACGGCGUUUCUUCUUUAAUUUAACUUCCAUCCCUACCGAGGAGUCUAUCACCUCAGCUGAACUCCAGAUUUUUCGGAAACAGGUGCACGGAGCCUUUGAGAACAACAGCAGCUACCAUCACCGUAUUAAUAUUUAUGAAAUUAUAAAGCCAGCCACAGCCACCUCUAAGGACCCUGUCACAAGACUUUUGGACACCAGGUUGGUGCAUCAUAAUGCAAGUAAAUGGGAAAGUUUUGAUGUAACGCCAGCUGUUUUGAGGUGGAUUGCACAUGGACAACCUAAUCAUGGGUUUGUGGUAGAGGUGGUUCACUUGGACAAAGAGAACAGUGCCUCCAAGAGGCACGUUAGGAUUAGCAGGUCUUUACAUCAGGAUGAAGAUAGCUGGUCUCAGCUCAGGCCAUUGUUAGUGACGUUUGGGCAUGAUGGCAAGGGACACCCGCUCCAUAAAAGAGAAAAGCGUCAAGCGAAACACAAACAGCGUAAACGCCACAAAUACAGUUGCAAAAGGCAUCCGUUAUAUGUGGACUUCAAUGAUGUGGGGUGGAAUGACUGGAUUGUUGCCCCACCGGGGUAUAGUGCCUUUUACUGCCAUGGGGAAUGUCCUUUUCCACUGGCAGAUCAUCUAAACUCAACAAACCAUGCCAUUGUUCAGACUUUGGUCAAUUCAGUGAAUUCCAAAAUCCCCAAGGCUUGCUGUGUGCCGACAGAACUGAGUGCUAUUUCCAUGCUCUACCUUGAUGAAAAUGAAAAAGUUGUAUUAAAGAACUAUCAAGAUAUGGUUGUGGAGGGUUGUGGGUGCCGCUAACACAGCAAAUAUAUUAGACAAAUGCAAAAAAAAAAAAAAAAAAUAGCUGACACUUUAAUAUUUCCCAAUGAAGACUUUAUUUAUGUAAUGAAAUGGAAAGAAAAAAAAAAACACAACUAUUUUGAAAAUAUAUUUAUGUCUACGAAAAAGUUGGGAAAACAAAUAUUUUAAUCAGAGAAAUAUUCCUUUAAAGAUUUUAAAUGUAUUUUAGUUGUACAUUUUAUAUGGGUUUAACCCCAGCACAUGAAGUAUAAUGGUCAGAUUCUUAUUUUGUAUUUAUUUACUAUUAUAACCACUUUUUAGAAGAAUAGCUAAUUUGUAUUUAUAUGUAAUCAAAAAAGAAAAAAAUAUAGGGUUUGUACAUAAUUUUCCAAAAUUGUAGCUGUUUCAAUUGUGUGUAUUUAAGUUGAAAAGAAUACAUGGAAGGUUACUAUGGCAAAGUGCAUAGCACAUUUGCUUUCUGCUGUGCUACUGUUAAGGUCACAAGUUCAAGUCCAGAAAAAAGUGGAUAAUCCACUCUGCUGACUUUCAAGAUUAUAUUGUACAAUUCUCAGGAAUGCUGCAGGGUGGGCUGUCCAAUCCAUGAGAACUGGCAUCCUCUUUAGGUGGAACAUUUGGAUAAGAACCAGACGUUGCUGAUCUAGUAUGAAUACUGCUAUUCCCAACUAAUUUGCAGCGUGAAUAUAAGGGCCAAUAGAAAUCCGAUGGGAGGUGGGGGAAGACUGAAUCCUUUCUAGACCUACAGAAAAGUGAAUGUUUGAUGUUUCCUUUAAAAGUCCUUCCUUUAAAAGUCCUGGCCAAAUAUAAAAUAAUAAAAACUAAAAUGUCAUCCUUUUUUUUGUGAUUAUCUAUGCUAAAGAGGAACACUUACCUAAUUUGUACCGGCCCUUGUCUUUAACAGUUGGAAAAGCCUUGCAUACUUCCUCACCUCAGAUGAGAGCUCACUUCUGUGGAGUGUUACAAUGAAAUUAAUCUGCAAUUUUUGCCCUACAUUCAGCAAGCUGUUGUCUAUGCAGCCUCCUCUCUAACCUCAGCUGAUGGUUUUGCUGUUUGGCAGAUUCAUUUUCCAGGGUUUUGUGUUGGA